AUGGGUCGCUCUAGGGGAGGAUGCUCCAAUUGUAAGAGGCGGAAACGGAAAUGCGACGAGACGCGUCCAGAUUGCCGAGCAUGCCAAAGGCGUGGCAUCCAGUGCGAGGGCUAUAACACCACACUCAAGUGGACCAACGGAAUAGCCUCGCGGGGUCGAUUUGCUGGGGCCGCAAUCCCUGACCUUGCUGCGAACAAAGCGAGCGCCAACUCAACUACUUUUGAUAGCUAUCUGCCGAACGCUGAAGAUCCACUACACCACACUGGAUCAUCCUCAGCAUCUCCCGGGGCCGAUACACCGAAGCUGUCCGGGGCCGCUCAAGAAUCAGAUACACCGGGGUCACACUCUGAAAUCUCAUAUUUGGCACCAUCGCCCGGCGGCACCAAUGACCCGAAACGGCAGCUUUUCCAGAAAUCCUUUAUGUAG